AAACGUAAACGCCCAGGGCACGCUUGUGUGACUCUGAGUGCCACAAUGACAUUCUUUUUGAUAUGUCACUCUGAAGAAACUUGCCUACAGUCGCUCUAUCUGGUGGAAGCAAAAGAUAAUAACUACAUCCACUGUGACGAGUUCAUCUGAACCUGUAAUGAUGGCAGAUCAUGGUGAACCUUGCACUGGGUCAGAUGCAUCCUACUGCAUGAAUGGAGGAAAAUGCUUUAAAAUACCCUCAAUGUCCAUGCUCACCUGUUUAUGCAAUAACAACUAUGAAGGCAGCAGGUGUGAGCAAUUCCAACUGGAGAGCACAUCAGACAACAGCUUUAACACAGGCAUGAUCGUUGCUAUCGUCAUCCUCCUCAUCCUCAUCCUGCUGGUGCUGGCUGUGAUCAUCUACUACAUCUGCAAAGUGCAAAGGAAAGCAUCAAGAAAUACAAGGGCCAUACCAUGAGCCCAACAUUGAGCAGUAUGAAUGAGCUCAUUGAAGGAUAUAAAUCGACUUCUGAGGCAUAUCUUAAUACUUUCUUAAUAUUUAAAGUGACACAUGUAAAUAGUUAUUUUCAAAAUUUUUUUUUUCAAAAAGAAUUUAACAUAUUAAUCUCUUCAGACUAAAGAUUAUAUUCCAGAUAAGGAAAUAUUAUAAUAAUGUAAUACAUUUCAAAUAAAGUUAUUACUCUCGUCAGUUUGAACCUACUGGCAACAUAAACUUUAAGGAAAAUGUCUUACUGAUGCCACAUAUAAUCAUGGAUUCUUCAAUUUUACACACAUAUAAUAAUUUUGGUACAGGUUCAAAAACAGACUAAAACACAUAAUACAUUUUAUAUUCCACUCUUCAUUCUGACAGUGAAAAGAAAAAUCUUUGAAUGUAAUGGUUUAAAAAACUCUUUACAGAUUUUUGAAAAUCAUGUCAAGAAAAUAAAAAUCUAGCAGUAUUAACAUACAUGUGUGUUUAUCACUGGUUAUUUUAGUCAAAUAAAGACAAUGCGUAUUAGCUAGUUCUGCUGAGAUAGCUGAAGAUUAAAAAGGUUGUUUUCCCCCACAAUCCUAAAACAAUUCUAGGACAUCUAUUACAACAAACAAAAGGAUCAUACCUUAAGCUGUUUCUUGUUUUCUUUUUUAAUUCCCUUUUUUUGGCGAAUCCUUCUGAAUCAGUAUAACAAUGAUUGAUAGCUGGGG